AUGCUCGGUCGAUUGUUCGUGAUUGCCCUGUGCCUGCUUGCUCUGGUAGGCAUUGGAACAGCUCAAUUGCUUGUUGGGCAUCCAGUUGUUGUAGGGCGUCCGGUUGUAAUGAGGCCAGUACCACCACCACGCUUCGGAGGUGGCCCAAGAUUCUACGGAUAA